UGGUGGUAGACCUCCAAAUACAUAAUAACAACACGACGAAAGGAAGGACAGCGGUCUGAUAAAAACACUUCGCUCGUCGAUACAUUGCGCUACUGCUGUUGCUGCUGCUACUGCUCCGGAGGACGUCCACGUCGUUUGCGAAAGGGGGAAAGAACCCGCGGUGCAGCGUCGUGCAUCCGUUGUACUGUAGAUACGAACCGCCACUCCACGCACGGUGUUCAAACAGUCUCUCGUUAACUUGCAUCGGAGACUAAUCUCUAUUCAUCUAUCGCCGUCGGUUUUCCUUUUUUACCCCUUCCUAUUUUUUCCGAUUUUCCUCGUGUCUUGAAUCAGUUACACAUAAUACCGCUCGUCAGUCCGAUCCGGUAAACAGUCGUGUGAACAACGACGAUCGUGAGAAAAAUCUGAUAGACGGUAGGCACCGAUAAUAAAGAGUCUGAUCGUAGCGAGCAUCUUACCAGUGACAACGACGAUCUUGCCAGUAUUGACGAAGACUGCCGGAUUAUUGAAACUGCGCAAAUCGGUGGACCAAGGGAUCUUUUGGAAUUGCGAAAUCACGAUCGAGAAUAGCUAUUCUAGCCGGCCAUCCUAGCUUUGACUGGUGACAAGAAGAUUUUGGUCAAGAUUUAGUGACUGAUUUUAUUUUGUAUUUUUAUAUUUACGAAGUUAGACUGCGAGAUGUCGUACAUCGUGGAGUGGUAUAGAGAUUUGAUGGACAACAAACAUGAUCCGAGAACGCAAGAAUGGUUUUUGGUCUCUAGUCCCGGUCCUGUCCUGACGAUCAUAGCGACAUAUUUGUACUUCUGCAUUUCCGCCGGACCGAGAUACAUGAAGGACAAGAAGCCGUACGACUUGAGAAACACUUUAAUAAUUUAUAAUUUCAUUCAGGUUCUGUUAAGUCUUUAUCUGGUUCACGAAGGUUUAAUGGGUGGCUGGUUGUACGAAUAUAGUUUUAUUUGUCAACCAGUCGAUUACACAUAUAAACCGAGUUCAAUUAGGAUGGCCCACGCCGUGUACUUAUACUUUAUGUGCAAACUGAUCGAGCUACUGGACACGGUGUUCUUUGUUUUACGGAAGAAAGAUCGACAGAUCUCAUUUCUGCAUCUCUAUCAUCACUCGUUGAUGCCGGUCUGCGCCUGGAUCGGUGUCAAGUUCUUCGCUGGCGGUCAUCCGACCCUUCUCGGCGUCAUAAACUCCUUCGUCCACGUCUUCAUGUACACCUAUUACAUGCUGGCCGCGUUCGGGCCGCAAAUGCAGAAGUACCUCUGGUGGAAGAAGCAUCUGACUACCAUGCAGAUCGUGCAGUUCAUCAUAGUAUUUUCCCAUAAUAUUCAAAUGCUCUUUACCAGCUGCAACUUCCCGAAGCCGCUGUCGUUCCUGCUCACGAUCAACGCCGGCUUGUUCAUUUACAUGUUCGGAUCGUUCUACGCGAAUAAUUAUAUGAAAUCGAACGUGCGACGGGAAUUGAAGGCCAAUGGUGCUGCUAACGGCACUACUAGUGUUAAUGGUCACGCAAUCUCAAAAGAGAUGGACCGUGGUAAAUCCGAUUAAAGGACUCGUUGCAGAGUCUUUCUACCCGUAGAACUGUAAGUGUGAGAGCAGAAGAAUGAUUUUUUUUUUUUCAAGAUUUUUUCAUAGUUAAUUAGGGAGCGGAUUCUUGUAUUGUAACGUAAUAAAAUGUCACGCUAGAUAAUUUUCUCCCUCGCGAUUACUCCGCCGAUAUUUGUACAAUGCAUGUUACGAAAGUAGAUUAAUACGUACGAAAGAAUGGUAUCUAACAAAUAUGAGUAAAGAUAGAUUUGACUCUUAUUUGUAUCAAGAACAAUCUGCUUACAAGCGAUCCUUACGCGAAUUACGCGCGAUCUAUAGAAGAUUGAAGUAUUACUCUUGCAUAAAAAAUGUAUGCCUUUUCGAAUUGCGAAGUGAUAUUAAUGAGAUGCAUAAUACGAUCUGGCAUGAAAUAUGUAGCUAGAAUAAGCUUAUCAAAUUAUGUUUCGAAGUUCUACACAGAAAAAGAGAAUGUUCUUGAUUUGAAAAUAUCUUUAGUUUCAACGUGGAAAUCUUGAAAUGAGAUUAUAUU